AUGAAUAAUUUUUACAAAGAGGUUCAGUAUCGGUCCCAAUGCGGGAAGCACGCGUUGAAUUCGGUGUUGCAUUUCACGACCAAGUAUCAAAUGCAAAAAUGUCUCGGUCUGGAAGAGUCGGGGCUGGUUCUGCACAUUUUGCAUGACCCGUGAGGUCUGUGAUCCUGGUGCUAGCAUCACAGAUUUUUUGAAAGUUUCUUGAUGCUAAUGACGCGUGAGAAAUGCCCUCUCCGCGUGCCAAGAAUUGACUCCUCUCGCUGCUCGUGCAGCACAGAUAUUUUUAGAAUCCGCAGACGGCAUUACAAGUUCCACUCUUCAGACCCAGACAUAUUUGCAAUGCAUACCAAGGGCGAGUGGAAUGCGUUGAUUACCGAUCGCGACACGUGCCAGAUGAUGGCCCGGCUCCCCCUGGACAACUACCACCGGGUGCUCCAGGACUUUUUCCCCGUAUUCAAGAAAAAAACACCAUCACAAUCACUUUUGCACAUUUUUGCAAUACAAAAAUUUUUGUCAUGCGCAAAAAUGCAUCACAGUCAAGAGCUCUAGGCGAUUUCCCUUUGUGUUUUUGCAAUACAAGAAAAAUUUGUCAUGCGAGACAAAUUUCUGAUGCAAAACCUCCUAAGUGUGACUGUGAUGGUGUUUUUUUCCUGGAUACCCCGAGGCGGAGUGCCACUACGGGGAGACGGUGGAAAAGGCGCUGGCAAGUAAGGACAUCAAAUUGCAUCUCCUCGACUGGUAUCAAAUGUAAAUGUGUCUUGGUCUGGAAACUUGUGAUGCCAGUCAGGGAACAAUGCGCAAACUGUAAUGCACUGCCAAGCAUGACAAGUUCAUUGUCUUUCUUGGUUCUGAGUUGCGUACUCCGCAUGAGAAACUUUCACUUUGGUUUUGCAUGACAGACAAGAGAAGCUCUUUGCGCCCACGCAAUACGGAGCUCAGAGUCCUGCGCGACUAGCAUGACAAAUCUCGCAACUUUUCCAGAUCCAGACACUUUUGCAAUUCAUAACUGGGUGAUCCUCCUCGCGAAUGGGCACUACAUCGCGUUCGUCCAGGCGGCCGGCCCGAAGAACCUCGAGCUCGCGUUAUCCUGUGUAAAAACGUCCCCACCUCCCCAUCGUCAAGAUGGAAAAUUUGCUAUACAAAUUAACAUCAAGCCUUGGUUGUUGCGCAUGACAAGUUUGGCCUCGUGGUGUAGUCCUUUUCAGCUAGUCCAGCAGCAUCGCAGACCUAGCGCAUCGCGCUGAUUGGAGCGUGACAAAUUCCGGAACGCGACUAGUAUGGGGCGGCGGGGCCGUUUUUGCAUUGGAUACGCGAAGGAGGCGAAAAAAAAAGCGAAGGAGAUCAUUGCCGCCAACCCGGGAAAGCGGAAGGAACUGACGGACCAGAAAAACAACUUUGUGCAAACGUGUCUGCGGGAGCUCCAGGCUGUCGCGGAGAAACAGGACAGGACCAAGGCGAACCCUUGGUGGGUGAACCUGGAUUCCAUGUCUCCGUCGAAAUACCCGCAGAACCCGGACACGAAGGAAUUACUCGGGGUUCACUCGGACGACUUCUACGACAUUCAGACGAGUGUGACGCGGCUUCCCGGGCACCACGCCGCGCUGACCAGCACCACCUGCACCAAGCAGACAAACGGCGUGUACGUCUUUUACGAUCCCUCCUACUCGUUUCCCAUCCCGUCGGGGAACUUCGCUUUGAAGGCGUCCCUGGUCACGGUGGACCGCAACCCGUACCGGAAGAUCGCGGAAACGGACAAGCGGAGCGUGUCCCCGAACCACCGGGCCGAGGUUUCGGCGGCGGAGCGGGUGGAAGCAGCGGCGGAGAACAGCAAAACGGCGGCCGGAACCAGGAGUUUGUUCGUGGCGCAGGCGUUGGGACUGCCCUCGUCCGCGAAUGCGGGCGGGAAGAAGAACGACAGUCAGAACAUGCAAACCAUUUUCGACGGUGCGGAGAAAAAUGGCAAAUCUUCAAACAGCAAUAAAACGAAGGCCGCCAGCACUGUAGUCGGUGGAGUUCUACUUUCGGCGGAACUACGCAGCACCUCCGCCUCCGGAAGCGAGGCAUCAUCGUCUUUGGGGGAAAGUAAGUCCAGUACGAACAAAGGAACGCCGUCGACAACAACUACACCAUCACCUUCUACCGAGACCAACAAGGCAACGGGCACGACCGCGGCCAACGGAAAGGGCGCCGCGGGCAGGUCCAGUUCUGCCGUUUCGGCAAACAAAAUCGCAACGCCAACGCGCCCACCGUCCGUUUCGCCAAUUGCACAUCAAGUAGUGCCAACAUUAUCUGAAGAAGACGUGCGAAAAAAUAAAACUACGGGAAGUACUACUAGUCAAGCUGGGAAUAUGAAAACAAUUAUCGCAGAAGAUGAAAACAAAGAAAACGUCCGCAAUCUCGCUUCGCUCGCGGCUAUCAACCCAGACGCGGAGCAGAAAAAGCACAAACUCGUCAUGGCUUCCUUUGGCACGUCAGCAGCGAAGUCGGAGCAAGAAAAAUACAAAAAUUUGAUGGGGCGACAGUGGAAGGCCAGCGUGCCCUUCCGGUGA